AUGGCACCAAAUAUACAACAUUUAUCAAAUUUGCUUGUAUUGCUUGUGAUUAUCUGUAAAGUUUCAGCCAAAAUAUUGAACGGUACAAAUCUGGCACUUGGUAAAACAGCAAUUCAAAGCAGUAAUCAUCAGGAGUAUAAAGCUGAAAAGGCCGUUGAUGGAAAAACUUCUGGGUACUUUCAGGAAAACUCUUGUUCUCAUACAUACCAAUAUUCAAGGAAUGUAUCUGAAUGGUGGGAGGUAGAUUUAGGUUCCGUGUAUGAUAUUACUGAUAUUAUAAUAUACAACAGAAUUGACUGCUGUGGCAGUCACGAGCCUCUUGGAAUACUUCUCUUGCAGACUUUUGUAAUGACAAUGACUUAUGCUUUUGUUGCCGAUUAUAAGUUACUACGAAUAGGAUUCUUUGGUUAUCAUGUUGAAUAUUUAAACCAUUUGGGUAUACUCACAGGGACCAGUAUCGUGUUUUGCACUGAUAUAAUAUGUGCAAGGGAAACGGAUGCUGGGGAAUAA